AUGGCUUUCACCAGUAUGAAACCAUCUGAGAUCAAACAGUGCUACUUUUUCGAUAACUUCAAAAUGGCUCUCUACGGAAAGCAACGUGUUAAAGAGACUUUAACUCUUACAUCUGUAAAUGGAAAGACAAUGAAUGCCCUGACAGUGUUCACAGCGUCUCUGCACUUCCUCAAAUACGAUGCUUUGAAAACCAUUAACAACAAUAGUAAAGAUGUGGAGUUCAAGGCGUCCGACUUCACCUGGGUGCUGACGGUGCCGGCCAUUUGGGACGAUGCUGCCAAACAGUUCAUGAGAGAAGCUGCCACACGGGCAGGGAUUGUGUCCAAAGACAGCAAAAACAGACUGGUCAUAGCCCUGGAGCCAGAGGCUGCCUCCAUUUGGUGCAAGAAGCUCCCGGCUAAUGGAUUUCUCACUGACAAUCACAGCAGAAAAGAGCAUCUCCUGACCCCAGGGACUCAGUACAUUGUAGUGGACUGCGGAGGAGGGACAAUAGACAUCACGGCUCACGAGGUCCUGAAAAACGGGAGACUGAAGGAGCUACAGAAAGCCUCUGGGAACAACAUGGGCGGACAGACGGUGGACCGGAACUUUUUAGCACUUCUCAAGGAAGUCUUUGGGGAGUGCAUUUGGGAUGAGUACAAGGAAAAGUUUCCCAACGAGACGAUGGUUCCUGCUCACGUGGCUGCGGAGGACGCUUUAGAGUGGUUCUUCGACCACAACAUCGCUAAACAAUUCACAGACAAAGAGGAGAGCAGUGACCAAGAGGAGGAAGAGGAGAAAGAGGUGAAGGAGGAGGAGAAGGAGGAGGUGAAGGAAGAGGAGCAGAAGGAGGAGGUGAAGGAGGAGGAGAAGGAGGAGGUGAAGGAAGAGGAGCAGAAGGAGGUGAAGGAGGAGGCGCAAAAGGAGGAGGAGCAGAAGGAGGAGGAGAAGGAGGUGAAGGCUCCUGGGGAACAGCCGCAUCCAGAAGCUUGCAAAAAAGAGGACUCCAGUUCCCAGAAAGCACCUGCAGAGCCGGAGCUGCAGAUCAGAAACGUGAUGUGUUCGUCCUCACUGAACUGUUCCCUCGACACCCAACUCAUCGCACGAAUGGGACGCAACGCAGAGUAUGUUAGAAAGUUCAAACAGGUCCGGAUCAGGAUCAGGUCUCCCAGAGCCACAGCGUUGAUUUCCACAGAUGGAAGAAUGAUGAGUUCUGGAGCCGAUAGUGUGGGAGGGGCACACAGAGCAGCCCGGCGUCUCGCUCGUAUCGUUCAGAAGUUGGGGUUUCCUGUCCGCUUCUCCAGCUUCAAGGUCCACAACUUCAUGGUGAUGUUCCACACCUUCCCCCUCAGCCUGGAGCGCCUCUAUGUGGCUCUUUGGGGUCACUGCAGUUAUGAGCCGGAGCUGUUCACUGGACUCUUUUAUUACUCAGGGAGGAUCACAGCCUGUGUCCGCCACACCGGGGAUGUGUCUCUGACAGAUACUAUUAAGAACCCCCAAAGAAGAGGGGAGGGACGAGACAGUGCAGUAUAUCCCACAUCACGGCCACUUAGCAAGGUGGGCCACCGGCGUCUCGGGCUGCAGCUGCUGCUCCACUUCCGAACGGGUCGCAGUGUCCCCAGCUUCAUCAUCAUCACCACAAAUAGAACUCGCAGCUAG